AUGGCCAACCUACCAAUUGUAUUCAAGGAGGUCUUGCAGCUGUCCAACUUGGGCAUUGGCGCCCAGGCAAUUGGCUUUGCCACACUCACAAUGGAGAGUGAGAAGUAUAUCUGUAUUAGAGAGACAGCACCAAACGGUGGCAACAAUGUCGUUAUCAUCGACACUGACAACCCUUCGCAGCUCCUGAGAAAGCAAAUCGAUGCUGAGGCUGCUAUCAUGAACCCAAAGGAACCAAUUCUGGCCUUGAAGGUCGGCAACUUGAUACAGCUUAUCAGCAUUGAACAAAAGAUGAAGCUAAAGUCACAUCAGAUGCCAGAGAACCUUGAGUUUUGGAAGUGGAUCUCAUCGAAUACGCUGGCACUGGUGACACCAAGCGCAGUCUAUCACUGGUCGAAGGAGGGCACAGGCGAGCCCGUCAAGAUGUUUGACCGCCACCCCGACCUUGUCAACACUCAGAUCAUCAACUACCGCUCGGACUCCACGCAGCAGUGGCUGGUUCUGGUGGCCAUCCACCAGGUGGAGGGUCGCGUUGCCGGUCGCAUCCAGCUUUACUCGGUUGAGAAGUCCAUCUCGCAGUCGAUCGAGGGCCACGCCGCCUGCUUUGCAAACUACACUGUGCCAGGCGCCACCCGUCCCUCCAUCCUCUUUGCUAUCUCAAGUCGCACCCCCGCUGCCAGCAAGGUGCUCGUGCUCGAGGUGAGCAAGGGCGAUGGCCCCAACUUUGUCAAGAAAUCCUCCGACGUGUUCUACCCGCCCGAGGCCGGUCUCAACGACUUCCCCGUCGCCAUGCAGAUUUCUGAGAAGUACGAGGUGAUCUACAUGAUUACCAAGCUGGGCUACAUCCACUUGUUUGACCUGUCCACCGCCAGUCUGAUCUACCGCAACCGUAUCAGCUCGGAGAACAUCUUUGUCACGUCGUUCCAGGACAGCACUAACGGCAUCAUCUGUGUGAACCGCAAGGGUCAGGUUCUGUCCGUGUCGAUCGACGACAACAACAUCAUCCCCUACAUCUGCAACACGUUGAACAACUUUGACCUCGCCAUCUCGAUGGCCAGCAAGAACAACCUGCCAGGCGCCGACAAUCUUCUGAAAGGCCAGUUUGAGCGUCUGUUCCAGCAAGGCCUCUACAAGGAAGCCGCCAAGGUCGCUGCUGACUCGCCCGGCACCAUCCUGAGGAACCAGCAGACCAUUCAGCGCUUCCAGGCUAUCCAGGGCGUUGCCAACCAGCCAUCCCCCCUCCUGCAAUACUUUGGUAUGCUUCUCGAGAAGGGCAAGCUCAACCAGAUCGAGUCGCUCGAGCUGGUGCGCCCCGUUCUGCAACAGGGCAAGAAGAACAUCUUGGAGAAGUGGCUCACCGACGACAAGUUGGAGUGCUCCGAGCAACUCGGUGAUGAGGUGCGUCCCCAUGACCGCAAGCUCGCACUCUCCAUCUACUACCGCGCCAACGCAUCAGACAAGGCCAUCGCAUUGUUUGCCGAAGCUGGCGAGUACGACAAGAUCAUUGCUUACUGCAUGAAGAUCAACUACUCGCCCGACUACAUGUUCCUGCUGUCGCGUCUAGCACCAAUCAACCCUGCUGGUGCCACCGAGUUUGCCAUCAAGCUCGUCAAGGUUGAGAACGGCCCAUUCGUCGACCCAAUGGCCGUCGUUGAGUUGUUCAGCGCACGCAACAUGAUCCAGGAGACCUCCAACUUCCUGUUCUCUGUGCUCACAGAGAACAACCCAAGCGAUGCCAACCUCCAGACCAAGCUGCUCGAGCUCAACCUUAUCCACGCACCCCAGAACGCCGACGCCAUCAUGGGCAGCCAGCGUUUCACCCACUACAACCGUAUCCGCAUAGGAAACCUUUGUGAGAAGGCCGGUCUGUACCAGCGCGCACUUGAGCACUACACCGAGCUGAGCGACAUCAAGCGUGUGCUCAACACUGCUGGCUCCAUGGUCAACCAGGAGUUCCUUGUCAACUACUUUGGCACGAUAAACCCCGAGGACCGCAUGGAGUGUAUGCGCGACUUCCUGCGCACCAACCCACGCCAAUACCUGCAGUUGGUGGUGGCCAUCGCCAUCCGUUACACAGACGAGCAGACCAUGACAUCGGACACUGUUAUUGGCAUGUUUGAGAACUUCCGUCUGUUUGAGGGACUCUACCUCUACUUGACACAGAUCGUCGUCACCAGCCAGUCGCCAGAGGUGCACUUCAAGUACAUCGAGGCUGCCGCUAAGAGUGGCCAGUACAAGGAGGUCGAGAGAAUGUGUCGCGACAGCAACUAUUAUGACCCAGAGAAGACACGCGACUUCCUCAAGGAGGCCAAGCUGCCAGAUCAGCUGCCACUGAUCAUCGUGUGCGACCGCUACCAGUUCAUCUCGGAUCUCACCAACUACCUCUACAAGAACAACUUGAACAAGUACAUCGAGGCCUACGUGCAAAAGAUUAACCCAGUCAACACACCAUUGGUCGUUGGUGCACUGCUCGACCUCGACUGCCAGGAGGACUACCUCAGAAACCUGAUUUCGAGCGUCAGGAACAUGUGUCCCGCCGACACCCUUGUCGAGCAGGUCGAGAAACGCAACCGUCUCAAGCUGUUGCUGCCUUGGUUGGAGGCCCGUGUCAGCGAGGGCUCGAUCGAGCCCGCCGUUCACAACGCGUUGGCCAAGAUCUACAUCGAUAGCAACAAGAACCCAGAGGCCUUCCUCAUCCAUAACCAGUUCUACGACAGCAAGGUCGUCGGAAAGUACUGCGAAAAGCGCGACCCAUACUUGGCCUUUGUCACGUACAAGCGCGGUCUCUGCGACUACGAGCUGAUUGAGGUGACCAACAAGAAUGCCCUCUUCAAAAACCAAGCCCGUUACCUGGUCGAGCGUCAGGACACUGACCUUUGGGCCUACGUGCUCUCUGACCAGAACGAGUACAAGCGUUCGCUCAUCGACCAGGUCGUUCAGACUGCCCUGCCCGAGUCGACCAACGCCAUCGAGGUCAGCACCACCGUGCAGGCAUUCAUGGACGCCAACCUGCCAAAUGAGCUGAUUGAGCUGCUGGAGAAGAUUGUCAUUGAGGGUAAGGAGUUCAAGACGGCCACGGAGCUGCAGAACCUGCUCAUCCUCACGGCCAUCCGCGCUGACAAGUCGCGUGUCAUGGACUACAUCAAUAAGUUGGAGAACUUUGAGGGCAACCGUAUUGCUCUUGUGGCCAUCGAGGCCGGCCUCUAUGAGGAGGCCUUCUUCAUCUACAAGAAGUUCCAGUUCAACGUGGAGGCCAUAGAGGUGCUCAUCAACCACAUUGGCUCCAUUGAGCGUGCCUACGACUUUGCCGACCGCGUCAACCAGAUUGAGGUGUACUCGAAGCUCGGAGAUGCCCAGCUCAAGGCCAACAUGGUCAAGGAGUGCAUUGAGUCGUUCAUCAAGGCCAACCAUGUGGACAACUACCACGAGGUGAUCCAGGCCGCCGAGCGCGCCAAUUGCUACGAGGAGCUGGUUAAAUACCUCCAGAUGUGCCGCAAGAAGAUCAAGGAGCCCGUGAUCGAGUCGGAGCUCAUCUUCUCGUUCGCCAAGGUCGACAAGCUGGUCGAGAUGGAGGACUUUAUCAAUUCGCCUAACAGCGCUCACAUCCAGGUAGUCGGAGACCGUUGUUACGACGCCGGCCUCUACGAGGCUGCCAAGAUCCUCUUCACCAACAUCUCCAACUUCUCGCGUCUCACAUCGUGUCUCGUCAAGCUCGGUCAGUACCAGGCUGCCGUUGACUCGGCCCGCAAGGCCAACAGCACCAAGACCUGGAAGGAGGUAAGCGCAGCCUGUAUCGACGCUCGCGAGUUCCGUCUGGCCCAAGUGUGUGGCAUCCAGAUCAUCGUGCACGGUGAUGAGCUUGAGGAGCUCAUCAAGCAGUACGAGGACCGUGGAUACUUCAACGAGCUGAUCGCCCUGCUCGAGUCUGGUCUGGCCAGCGACCGUGCCCACGUCGGCAUGUUCACCGAGCUCGCCGUUCUCUACUCACGCUACAAGGAGGAGAAGUUGAUGGAGCACAUCAAGCUGUACUACGCCCGUCUCAACGUGCCCAAGGUGAUCAAGGCCUGCCAGGCCAACCAGCAGUGGUCAGAGCUCACCUACCUCUACAUCCACUACGACGAGCACGACAAUGCCAUCAACACGAUGAUGGCCCACUCCAUUGAAGCAUGGGACCACAUCCUGUUCAAGGAGACCAUCCCCAAGGUGGCCAAGGUGGAGCUCUACUUCAACGCCAUCCAGUUCUAUCUGGAGGAGCAACCCCUGCUCAUCAACGACCUGCUGGCCGUCAUGUCAUCAAGAAUUGAGCACUCUCGUGCCGUGACCCUCAUCCGUUCGUUGGGCCAUCUGCCCCUCGUCAAGCCAUGGCUUGUAUCGGCCCAGGAGCAGAACGUUGUCUCGAUCAACGAGGCUUUGAACGAGCUCUACGUCGAGGAGGAGGACUACGAGGCUCUGCGCGCAUCAAUCGAUGCCAACGCCAAUUUUGGCACUAUAGCCCUCGCUCAGAAGCUCGAGAAGCACGAGCUCCUUGAGUUCCGUCGCAUUGCCGCCUAUCUCUACAAGAAGAACAACCGCUGGGCACAGUCACUCGAGUUAUCCAAGAAGGAUCGUCUGUACAAGGACGCAAUGCAAUCGGCCGCCGACUCGAGAAACCCCGCCCUGGCCGAGGAGCUGCUCAACUUCUUUGUGGAGCAGGGCAACAACGCUGCCUUCUCUGCCUGUCUGUUCACAUGCUACGACCUGGUCAAGCCAGACGUGGUCCUCGAGCUCGCCUGGAGACACAACAUCAUCAACCACGCCUUCCCCUUCCUGAUCCAGUACGUCAAGGAGAUCAACACCAACGUCGGCACGCUCAUGGAUGACUUGCGCGCGCGCCAAAAGAAGCUGGAGGAGGAGAAGGAGCAGCAGCACAUUGAGGCUACCACCUACCAGCCCGAUCUCAACAACAUUGGCUACGGCUAUGCCGCCACCGGAGGAAUGCUGGCACUGCCCCCUGCCACCGGCAUGAUGUACAACAACCCACAACAGUUUGUUCCACAGCAACAGCAAGGAUACAACAACUAUAAUCAAUACGGUGGAUUCUAA